AGUGCUUUCUCUUUUUCCCCCACCAUUAAACUAGACGACAUUCGAAGUCGUGUCGUAGUGUGGCGCAGCCAUCCGAUGGAAGGAGGCCACAGUUCGGAGAAACAGAGAGAAACCGCGGGAUGUUAAUGGUGGAUGGACGGUGGAAGUUACCUCCUCGCUAGUCGUAAAAAAAGGUAGAGAACUAAUGAACUGUCAUGUGAGUGGUAGGAAAAGAAAGAAAGGAUUUUGAUUGCGGUAUGUGAUGAAUGCUAACCCGGUUUGCGCCACGAAUGUAUACACGCGUGUGUUUGACGUAAUGAGAACGAGAAACGGCACGCGCGCUCUUGGUGUGGCCCUCGUAUAUUUAAUUGGAAGUGCAUGUUGCGGCCUUUCGUUUGACAUUUUGAUGUCGGAUGCACAGCGUCUCGCUGUAAACGAGAGAAGAGAUCCAUUUGUAUUCGCCCCUCGUUCAAGUAAAAGAGAAGGGAACACCAAUAGUGGCUGUUGACGAUGCGAAGUACCUACGAAAAUCAAGAAACUGUAAUGCAGCAGGAAGGGCUAGCUAUAUAUCAUAUAAAGGGUGCUGUCUGCUGCACCCUGCUUAUCCUUUGCAGUGGGUGCAAUGAAUAACGACGAACAGAAUAGGGUGUCUGCCUUCUUCUUACCAGCAGUGACAUCUGGUUCGCGUCCUUUUUGACGUAGAAAGCUUUGCAAACGUGAUCGCGAAUACCCCGAGAUAAUUUAAAGAUUCUUCCGUAAUGAUACAUCGACUACGUUAUCGGUAAGAGUCCAGGUGUAACACAAUGGAUCAGCAACAGCAGCAAUUGGGUAAGAAACAUCAAACAACGGCGAAUUCACCGGAGGCGGCUAUAGCUGGCGAUGUCUUCGAUCAAUUCUGCAAUGCCACUACCCUAAAAUCUAUACUCGGCCAUUAUCGAAAUCUUUGCGAGUUGCUCAAGAUCAAGCCGAAUACGAUAAGUCAAUUUUAUCCGAAAUUGAAGUCGAAACUGCGAUCGUGGAAGGCGCAAGCCUUGUGGAAGAAAUUCGAUCAAAGAGCCAAUCACAAGUGCUACAAUCGCGGAAAGGCAUGUCCUAAUGCGAGGGUCUUGAUCAUAGGAGGUGGUCCUUGUGGGCUUCGAUCCGCGAUAGAGGCACAGUUGUUAGGUGCAAAGGUCGUGGUCAUUGAGAAAAGAGAUCGAAUGUCUAGAAAUAACGUUCUACACCUUUGGCCCUUCGUUAUUCAAGAUCUUCGUGGAUUAGGUGCAAAGAAAUUCUUUGGAAAAUUUUGCGCUGGCUCGAUCGAUCAUAUCAGCAUAAGACAGCUGCAGUGCAUCUUACUCAAGGUCGCCCUUAUUCUCGGCGUUGAGUUCCAUGAGAGCGUCAGCUUCGAAUCGUUGAUACCACCACCGGAUAAUCAAGAGGAAGCCAAGAUCGGAUGGAGAGCCAAGACCUCACCUGCCGAUCAUCCUGUAUCGCAAUACGAAUUCGACGUGCUUAUCGGUGCCGAUGGAAAAAGAAAUACUCUUGAAGGUUUUAAACGCAAGGAGUUUCGUGGGAAACUCGCUAUUGCGAUAACAGCUAAUUUCAUAAAUAAAAGAACUGAAGCCGAAGCACGAGUUGAAGAAAUCAGCGGUGUCGCCUUUAUAUUUAAUCAAAAGUUUUUCAAGGAAUUGUAUCAAGAAACGGGUAUCGAUUUAGAGAACAUUGUCUAUUACAAGGACGAUACGCAUUACUUCGUCAUGACCGCCAAGAAACACAGCUUGAUCGAUAAAGGUGUUAUUCUUCAGGAUCAUGCUGAUACUGCUAAGCUCUUGGCUAAGGAAAAUGUAGACCGAGAAGCAUUGAUGUUAUAUGCUAGGGAAGCUGCGGAAUUUUCGACGGAGUAUCAAAUGAUGGACAUGGAAUUCGCCGUUAAUCAUUACGGUCAACCGGACGUGGCCAUGUUCGAUUUUACGUCAAUGUACGCUGCAGAAAACGCAAGUCGUGUUUUAAAUCGUAAUGGGCAUAGGUUACUCAUGAUUCUAGUCGGGGACAGUCUUCUUGAGCCAUUUUGGCCAACCGGGUCUGGUUGUGCAAGAGGAUUUCUUAGUUCACUCGAUGCUUGUUGGGCAAUAAAAGGAUGGGGUACUUCCUUGACACCAUUAGAAGUAAUAGCUGAACGAGAAUCGAUAUACAGACUUCUUGGUCAGACUACUCCAGAGAAUUUAAAUAGGGAUUAUGCCGCAUACACUUUAGAUCCUCAUACAAGGUACCCGAAUUUAAAUUCUCAUUCGGUUACUCCUGCACAAGUGCUGAGUUUGGUCGAUACAGAUGAUCCAGAGAUAAUUAAACAACCAGCUGUACAGCCUGAAAUUGACAUCCCUAAGAAACGACGACGUCGUGAUCUUAGAGCAGAUUCUCAAGUGCAUCCGGACGUAUUGCUUCGUUGGUUACAAAAGCAGGUUGCUCUUUAUGAAGGCAUACAUAUAGAAGAUAUGGGUGCUUCUUUUAAAAGUGGUUUAGCUAUCUGUGCCAUUAUACACAGAUAUCGACCUGACUUAAUCGAUUUUUAUAGUUUACAAACAGCGGAAGCAACAACAAAUAAUCAGCUUGCUUUUGAUAUUUUAGAAAAGGAACUAGGCAUACCUCCGAUAAUGACAGGAGAAGAAAUGUCUCAGUGCGAUGUUCCUGAUAAAUUAGCUAUGUUUUCUUAUUUAACUCAAAUAUACGAAGCUUUCCGUAGAGAGAUACCACAUAUAAAACAUCCUAAAUUGGAAUUAGACAAUGAAGAAAUAUCAUCGCAUCUAAUACUGAGCCAUUUGACGGCCGAACAGAAAGCACAACUACUUGGACAUAUUGUCAAACAAGAAAGUGCAUCGCGAGCAAGACAUUCACGUAUACGGCAAUCAAGUGAAAAUAUACAGCAGCAUGGAGAUAAAAAAGGUGAUACUAUCAGCCGGCGGUCUAGGAAAAGACGAAGUAUGGAGAAGAUUGGUGCAACAGUGGAGGAAAGGCUGAAAAGACUCGAUGAAAUAGAAAAGAAUCGUGUCGAACAUAUGAAGAGGCGGCAAUUCUUACGAAAAAUGGCAACACAACAAUUCUACAAAAGUAUGCAGAUGCUGCAAGCAAAUGCAAAACGGGAAAGAGAUGAGCCUUUUGAGGAUUACUCGAUAUUCUUAUAUCGUCAGACUGCUCCAGAUUUCAAGGAUAGAGUGAAAGAUCUGGAGCAGAAAAUCUUGCAUCCAGACAGAGAAUCUAAGUUACAUGCCUGUCAUCAUAGGUAUGGAAUAGAUGAAGAAUUUUCUGGACGAAUAAAAAAUAUUGAACACAAAUUGAAGGGUUCUGGAUUGCCAGAAAAAAAACCGAGAGAUCUUCUACGUGCUAUUGGUAAGAUUGAAAAAACCGAUUGGAAUAUUAAGGAAAUAGAAAGAAAAAUAGAAGAAAACAAAAUGGGCCAUGGAGUACGACAUGACAAAGUAGAACGAGUGCCGAAAUGGAGUCGAGAACAGUUUUUAGCUCGACAAAUUAAAAUGGAGAAGAAGGGGCAUGAUGCAAAAGACGUAGAUAGUAAGUAUGCGGAAAUUGACAAUACCCUUAAAAAUAUUGACAAGAAGAUUAAAGAGGGUAAUGUACUCGGCCACAAUAAAGUCUCAGCUAUGGCUGAGCAAUUUUCAAGUAAAACGCAGGAUACAGAACUCAAAGUGCAGAAAUCGAAUACUAAAACACCACUGACGUUACCUGCACAAGGAGGUUCAGAAAUGUGUCAUUUUUGUAAUAAGAGGGUUUAUUUGAUGGAAAGGUUGAGUGCAGAGGGCAAAUAUUUUCAUAGAGGUUGUUUCCGUUGUGAAUAUUGUUCAACUUCAUUAAGAAUAGGAAAUCAUACAUAUGACAGACUGAAGAAUGGUGGACGAUUCUAUUGCACACAACAUUUUGGUCUUCCAGGUACUAUGAAAGGUAGAAUUGAAAAGAAGAAAUCUACAGUAAAUAAAGAAAAUGUAGCACAUACGUCUACUGAUGCAAUAAUUCCAGAAAAGAUUAAUAUACAAACGGAAGGAGUAGUCGUAGGACUUGACUUGCUUGAUCGCGGUCAAACGCCAGAAAGAAUUGAAUUUGAAAAUUUAGCUAGAAUAUCAGAUACAGAAGAAGCUCACAGUCAAAUGGACGAAGACGAAUGGACGGAUAGAAAUUUUGGUGCUUCUGCCGCAGAGAUGGGUUCCAGUGAUGAUAUUUCUGAUAUGAGUGAUUCGGAUGACGAUAAUGAAGUUUUUGAAGAAGCAAUAGACCAGCCAUUGACCACAGAGGGGACUUUAGAAUUAGCUAAAAAUUGGACUCUUCGUUAUUCCAAUUCUCAAAACGCAACAGGACAAUCUGAUACAGGAAGUAACGAAUAUGAAGAUUCUAGUGAUGAAUAUACUAGUGAAGAAGACGAAAGCAGUACUGCGACAGAAGAUGAAGAUGAUGCACGCGCUCGGGAAUUACGAAAGCAGGAGGUCUGGUUGCCAGUUCCUCCAAUGAGUUCUGACACAGAUACCGGUUCAGAAACAGAGGUUGCUUCCGACGAUGGAUCGACAGAAGAAAGCGAAGAAAAUUCAGCCACAGAAAUAUCUACAGAUUCUGAAUUUGAACACGAUGGAGUUACACCAACGCAACAUGAAAUUCCAGAAAUUACAAUAAAUGAUGCAUACGUUCGGAAGACCAGGGGUAAUUAUGUGGAGCCUAAGAAAGUACAAGUGAAAAGUAAAAUAAUAUCAUCGAUUAAUGGAAAAUUUAAACAAGAAAACGAAACAGAAGGUAAAGUUGAAUUGAGAAAUUUAACUCCUACAAAAAAAACAAUACAACAAGAAAUUAAAACUGAAUCAAAAUCUCCAAUGCUUGGAUCUAGUUUCAACACAAACAAUCUGUCACCAUUAGUUAAUCCACGGAAAGGUGACUACCUGUUAAAUCGCACGCAUUCUACAGAGGGAAUUGCAUCUAAAUUGUCUUUAGAACUCAAAAAAAGAUAUUUGCUAGGUGGACCAGCUCUUGCUGGCUCCGUUAUGAAGUCGGGUUCUACUUCAAAUGUAGAUACAAAAUUAAGAAGUCUCACAGAUGCUAUUUCUCAGCAUCAGAAACUUUUAAAUCCAGCUCCUGAACCAAGUCCAACAAUGCAAGCAUUUUUACAAGGCACAAGCAAGUUGCACUUAAGUAAUACUCAACUUUCUCCAUUAUCACCUACUAUGUUAUUUUCCGGUCAAUCUGUCAGGCCACUAUCAGUUAAUCUAGUUUCAAAAAUUAAUCUAAACAAUACUACUAACGAAAAUAAAGCUACUAGUGGAAUAUCAGAUGAAUCUAAGAUACAUCUUCCAGAUUUGGUAACAGAAACAAGUAUUUUAAAAUCUAGGACUGCUCCGAACGUUAGUGAAUCUAUGAAAGAUAUUGAAACAAAACAAACUGAAGAAAAAAUUUCUCCCAAUAAAACUAAUGAUACUAAUACAAAAUCUUUGAUAUCAGAGAAUGUUAAUAUCCAAAAUACAGAGAAAACUGUUCCUACGGGUUUAGAUGAAAAUAUUAGUUGCCGGCCUCGUAGUCCAUUACAUGAAACAUCAAUUAUUGUUCCUGAAGUACAUUGGGCUAAAAACAAAGAAGAGCUGAAAGAAGCGGACAGUUCGGAAGAUUCAGAAAUCGAUAGCGAUUCUUUAUCUUUAAGUGAUGUUGAAAUAGAGGAAGAUAAUAAGCGAGAACAACUACUUACUACAAACUUAUCUCCACCAAGGCUUCAAAUUCAUAGCACAGAUGGAGAUCUUUUAUUGGAUGAAGGUAUUGAUAAGAAUAAAAUAUUAGAUAUCUGUUCAACAUUUGAACCAGAUUCUAUUGAAUGUUCAUUCUUACGAGAUGAGCAACCAAAUAAUGAACAAAUUGCUGCACACUUAGUACAAUCAUCUUUAAAUAAUGAAAAAUUAAUUGAAGUUUUAAAUAAUAAAAUAGAGGAAUGUGAUCUACAUGAUAAUAAUAAACAAAGAAGUAUAAGCAGUUGUAGUAGUUCCGCAUCAGUAGCAUCUGCUAUAUCUAAUAAACAAGAUGAUUCAGAGGAAAACGACGUAACUACGACAGCUGCUCUUACUGAAACAGAAUUUUCAGAAUGGGCUCGUGAUGGUCAAGAUUUAGUUUCUUACGAUUUACAAGAUACUGAUUUUGAUAUAAAUCCUGAAUUUGUAACUAAAAGAAAAACUUCAAAUCUAUUCCAUGGAAAAUCAUCUGUGUGUAAUUCAAUGAUGAAAAGAGAAAAUCCAGAUGAUACACAAGCAUAUACUUACAGAUCAGAAAGAAGAACAGAAUUUUUAUCUAAUAAUACUUCCGAACUUCUUGCUAAUGGAGAGGACAUUGAUUAUAUGGAUACAGAUAAUGAAUCUCUUUUAGACGAUAGUUUGCAAGAUGCGACUAAUAUGGCAUUACUUAAGAACAGAGGAUAUGUUGAAUUUGUAAAUAUUAAAACCAUUACUUCCUUAAGAAGUAAUAUGACAAACGAUGCGCCAAUAGCAACAUUAGAAUGUGAAAACGAUAUUUGUUCAGAAGAGGAAAUCCUUAAUAAUGAGAAUAUCAUUGAAAUCAACCCUGUAACUAUGGAUGAUGUUAUGAAUAAAUUAAAUGGUGCUACAAAUUCUGUGGAUACUAAACGUCAAGAAAGUUCAAUAUUUAAUAAUGCAGAGUCAAAAACUGUCCAAGAGGCACAAACUAUUUCAGAAACAAUUAACAAUGAUUCAUUGCAAUCUAUGGAUGAAGAUAGUCUGUUAAUAGUUGAACCUGCUGAAGAUACAACUACCAGUGAAGUCAUUACAAUUCUUGCUAGCCCUGUUAAUCCACAAAAAUCCAUUGUGCCUAAAGAAGAGGUACAUGAGCAAAUACAACAAGGAAAAACGCUCGCAGACUCAAGUAACCCAGAUUAUUUGGAAUAUGUAAAACGUCUCCAAUCAAGAAUUGCCGAAUUUAGUAAUGCUAAAGAUUCGAUAGAUGUCCGAAAAUCUAAAAGAAAGAAUUCUAAAAACUUGGUAGCACAAACUCGAACAGCGGAAUUAAUAGCAGAAGAGAUUAGAAAUCAAGAGUCAUUUAAUAAUAAUAAUCUUAAUUCUCCGGCCACUUCUCGUAAAUUAGAAGAAAUUACAAGAGAAAGAUCUAAGCAAAAAAAUGUUAUUGAAGAUUUAUUAAUGGAUAAAUUGGUUGCACAUAAACAAAAGUCUGCAGAAAAGAAAGCCAGGAGAGCGGCAAGGGCUUCUUCUUUUAGUUCUAUAUUAUCUCCAGCGAAACUUUCGACUAACACUGCUGCUACUACUACUACCGCUGCUGCUAUAGCUGAUAAUAUAUCUGCAACUAAAUUCGUGCCAACAUCUUUAGAAACACAAAUUAGUAAUACCACUCAUAAUAUGACGUUUGCUGAUGCAAAAAAACUAUUGCAGGCAGAGCAAUCACUGCCUCUCGAUUCUAGUGUAUCUCAGCAAACAGAAAACAAUGAAAGUACUUCUUAUACAAAAACAACAAAUCAAAUAGAACAAUCUGAAGUGGAUAAAGAUUUUAAAACUCCUAUUGCACCACCUAGAUUCAAACAUGAAGAGACCAAAAGAACAACUGAAAAAGCACGACAAGAUGCGAGAGAAAGAGCUAGGUUGAAAAGUGAUGAAGAUCUAGGAUUAAGUCCUGAGGAUAAAAUCAAGGAAUUAAAAAUGAAGUUUGCACGUCGACAACAUUCGGUCGAAGAAAGAAGAAAAACAGAAGAUACGGCAUCACCUGAAAUUAAAAGCAGAUCUUUUAGCUUCACUAUAAAUAAACCAGGAUUGAAGCUUCAGACGAGUAAAAGUACAGAUAAUAUGAAAGCAAUAACAAAAAAAAUGAAUCUUAAAGAUGUAUCUACCAUAAGUGCAAAAUCAAUGGACGAAUUAUCAAAACAAACAAAUUCACCAAAUUCUGAUAACGUAACCAGUGGAAUAAAAGGAGAUGCGAAAAAAGCGAAGGAUCCAGAAAGACGGAAAAGUAUUAUUCAGGCAGUUUCUGACUUCUUCUUCAAAAAGGAACCGUCGGUCUCUCCACAAAAGGACAAGCUAUCGAUGUUCCGCCUUUCAUCAAAAUCUAAAGGCAAAUUAUAUAAAUCAUAUUCGGAUGGGUCAGAUAUUGAUAAAGUGGAUUCUACAAAAUUAAAGACACGGCCCAAGAGUGUUUGUGAAAGUAUGCUUAUAGGAAACUACCUCAAUGAAAAUCCUCCAGCUAUUCCUCCACCACCUCAAGAUUAUAUCAAUGUUACAGCACACAUUUCAGAUGAUAGUUUAUCAGAAGAUGAUACAAAGACUGCUGCUUUAUCUACGUCCCAAGUGCAAAAAGCUACUGUUACGGAAGGAUCUUGUAAUAGUAUUUCACGUAAAACAAAAACAAUGAGAAAAUUAACGCGACAAGCACAAUUGAAACGAUUGAGAAUGGCACAGGAAAUACAAAGAAAAUUAGAGGAAACAGAAGUAAAGCAAAGAGAGUUAGAAAGUCGGGGUGUCAGUGUUGAAAAAGCACUUCGUGGAGAAGGAGAUUGUUCAGAUAGAGAAGAAGCAGAUUUAUUAAGGGAAUGGUUUGACUUGAUGAAAGAACGUACAGAACUACGCAGAUAUGAAAAAGAACUUCUGGUACGUGCACAAGAAGUACAAUUGGAAGAUCGUCACGAAAGAUUGCAGCAAGAGUUACGUGAACGUUUAGCUGAUGAUGAUGAAAAAAAGACUAGCGCUGAUGUUGAAAAGGAAGGAGAAAUAUUGACCGAAAUGUUAGAAAUUGUUGAAAAACGAGAUACUCUUAUAGCUCUAUUAGAAGAAGAACGACAGAGGUAUCAGGAUGAAGAUCGUGAUCUUGAAGCUCAGAUGUUGGCUAAGGGCCUCAGAUUAAUACCAAUGAAAAAAGUGGGUUCUAAAUAUUCAGUUUAAUGUAGGAAUUGCACUCUGUAUACAGAUUCUGCUUUACUUUUUUAUAAAUUAAAUUUAAUUGAAAAAUGUAUUAUAACAUAUUGUAGGUAACUUAUAAAUAUGGACAGUCAAAUAUUAUUUUAUUUUUGCUUAAAUAUUUUUCAUUUUAAAUUCAAUGCAGAUACUCUUUAAACGCAUUGCAUAUUCUUCAAGUAUUCAUAAAAAAUAGUAUUUUACACUAAUGAUACGCUUAAUAUGCAAUUAGUACAUAGUGAUAUCAAAUAAUUGAAAUUUUCUAAGAUUAAGGUUUGGUUCUCUCCUCUUCGA